AUGGCUGAAGUGCUCGGCGUUGUCGCUAGCGCGAUUGCGGUCAUCCAGAUCUCCAAGGAAGUAAUCAGCGCCUGCAAAUUCUACAUCGAAGCACUCCGCUCCGAUGCGCCUACCAGCUUGCGUACCGUUUUAAUUGAAGUGUCCACACUCAAGUCCGUUCUUGAGAACUUGGAGUUCAUAUCGAAAUGCGAAACCUUCACAGCCGCCCUGCAAAGCCGACUAGCAGCUUCUGAUGGUCCUGUCGAAGGAUGCAGGGUCGCGAUGAUAGCACUGGAGAAGCUGUUUCCGAAGCGAUCUCUCCAGAUCGGGCAGAACACUUCGAAACGGCAAAAAGUUCAAGCAACAUUCGCUACAUUGGCAUGGCCUCUGAAGCAGGGCCAGGUACAGGACCUUCUCCAGCAGAUGAGCCGUCAUAAAGAGGGUAUCCAGCUCGCUCUGACGACAGAGGCCACGAAGGAUAUAAAAGAUAUCAAAGCUGUUUCUGAAGAGAUCCGCUCCAUAUUGACAGAGGGACAACGCCAUAGAGUGUACAACUGGCUCACAUCAACCGAUCCCUCACCAAUUCAUAACCGGUCACGCAAACUAUAUGAAGACGGAACCGGGAGUUGGAUAUUUCGCUCACAAUAUUGGAUCGAUUGGCUAUCUUUACGUACUCGAUGUCUUUGGGUCCACGGUAUCCCAGGCUCUGGAAAGACUAUCCUCGCAUCGUGGUUGAUCACAAAUACCCAAGCUCAUUGCGACAAAGUUUCGACAAGCGACUCGCCUUAUGUGAGUGCUUACUAUUACUGCUACUUUGGCCAUCAUCAAGACGAGACGGCGCCAUUUCUUCGAUGGGUCAUCACUCAGCUUUCCCGUGUGGGACGUGUUGUCUCUACUCUCAUGCACGAUCUUUUCAAACGUGGUACGGAACCGAGCAUUCCUGAACUGCUUGGAGCGCUGGAACAACUCCUCCAGAUGUUUGGCAGAGUGUACGUUGUGAUUGAUGCCGUCGACGAGAGCGACCCUCGUGACGAACUUCUUGAGGUCAUUCAGACUCUCGUCACUGACCAAAGGUUUUGCAAUGUUCAGAUCCUUGUCACGAGUCGCGAGUACAUCGAUAUUGAGCGAGUGAUGGGGAACGUAUCCGUUUCAGUCCCAAUGGCAAAUGAAUUAGUCGAACAGGACAUUCGUCUUCACAUUCACUCAAUCGUGCGAUCAAAUUUAAAAUUCCGAUGCUGGCCGCAUGAUGUUCUUAUUGAGGUGGAAGACGCUGUCAGUAAAAAGGCAAAUGGAAUGUUCCGAUGGGCCGUUUGUCAGCUACACGAAUUGCAGCGCUUGAAGGGUAAACGCGAGAUUGUCCGCCUGGCCCUGCAGCAACUUCCUAAAGAUCUAGAUGAGACCUAUGAUCGAAUUUUCCGUCGCAUACCAUCCGAGGAUUGGCAAUUUGUUUCUCAUGCCUUUCAAUGGCUGUGGUUUUAUGCCGAACUUCACCCUUCCUACCUUCACGGCACUCCAUCAAGUCUGCUCUUCGAUGCAAUUGAGAGCAGUACAUCACGGUCGAAUAAUCACAACAACCAUGUCCUUUACAAUGCUGAAAGACUACGGGAGCUUUGCGGAUGUCUUUUCAGUAGUCUGAAGGACCCUAUAUCCUUUGCGCAUUAUACAGUUAAAGAGUAUUUGGAGUCACACCGAAUACGUCAAGGCCCCCUCCUUGUGUUUUCCACUGAAAGGACCAAGGUUUUGUCUACAUGUCUGGAUACCCUAUUGCACCAGGCUCAAACAUUCGCAUCACAUCAUCUUAAAGACCUUGAAGCGGGUCACCGUCUACUAUUUGACGAGGAAGAUCUUUGGGGGAACCUGAACUUCCAUGCUGUUUUUCAUACACUGGAUUUUCUCAGAGAAUGGGGGAAAGAGAUAUCUGAGAGCGAUGAACUUUAUGGGCGGGUAAAAGCGCUCCUACAUCCCUCUACACAAUACUUUGGGUGCCUUGGCAAACUUGGCUUCAAUGAAGGGAGAGGGUAUUGGCUCGAGUUACUGGACGACGCGGGCCUCGCCGACGAGAAAUACGCUUGGACUAUCGAAUGGAAUGAAAAUUUUACAGACAGUGUUGCAUCUUUGUUUCUAAGCCUGCUUCUGAUAACAGGCGAUAUAUGUUCACCUCUCAUAUCCAGACUCAUUCAGGAGGCGGACAUUCAGGCACUUUUCAGCAACAGGAUAAUAUUAAAACGGGAGGCUGUCCUUUACAGUCGGUCCAACGACGGGCAGGAGAAUUCCUUUCUAAAUAUGUACGAGUUUGAUGGACCACUAAUUGACGUGGUGGUUCAUUUUGUGGAUCCAGCAUCAAGUCGUCUCGACAGGUUGCUGCUCGACCACACUGGUCUUUACAAUCCAUCUACAGCUCUCAUCCAUUUUAUAGGUUAUUAUCAGCCAGAGCCUUUUGCCGAACUUCCCUCUUUCUGUCUGCUGGAACAUCUAUUGAAAGCUGGAGCUCAACCCAAUCUCCCAGGAUAUCCGAUUACACCACUGCAGAUAACUGUUGCGGCUCAAAACUUUCAAGGGAUUCGCUUACUGCUGGAAUUCAUGGCAGAUCCGAAUUAUAUUGGCGAUCCGCUGGGCAGCGCUGGGCGAACAAACAAUCUGAUGUCCGAGUUCGAUAGAUUUCGCGGUAUGUCGCCUCUUCGUAUUUGCAGAAGUGGUGAAUAUUUGUCCUUGGUAGACAAUCUUGUAUCCGAUAGAUUAGAGUCGCGCACGGAAGAAAUUGAGGAGCUGCUAGUUGCAUACGGUGGGAAAGACUUCCAGUGGGAGUCCGAUGAACCAUGGACGGGAAAGCUUGGGGGAGCCAGUGAGGGAGGACUGUUGUCAGCUUAG